GACGGGUGGCGAUAGCCCUCCUUAGGACAGGACCCAGACCGGCUCAUCUGUUGCUGCGGAGGCAGAGCACAGGGCUUCUCCAUCACAGAAGACAGCGAGUAGAUGAAGCCUUGCUGCAGAGCUUAAAGAUGGAUGCUCCCAAAGAAGUUCAGCCUACAGGAGAGUUCACAUGUCAGCUAUGUGGCUUAACAGCUCCAUACACGUACUAUGGGCAGAAGCCACCAAACACACACUCUAUUGUGCUUUUGGAAGAAAGCUAUGUCAUGAAGGAUCCUUUCACGCCUGACAAGGACAAAUUCCUCAUCCUUGGGUCUCAUUGCAGUUUGUGUAGCAGAUCAGUGUGCGUUGGUACAGAAUGUAGUCUGUUCUACUCCAAAAGGUUCUGCCUCCCCUGCGUGAAUGAAAACCUAAAGGCCUUUCCUUUGGAAAUACAAGAAGAUAUGGAUAAAAGGAAGCCCCAACAAAAAUCCUUCCCCUGUAAAAAAACGGAUUCAAGAACAUAAAUACUGAAGGACCAAGAGGGACAGUUCUUUGGCUGGGGUUUCUCCUCUCUCCUUUUGGAGACUAUCACGUUGCUCCUUUUAAAGAAGUGACCUUCAUCAGCUCACUACUACAGAACACAGUAACACAUUUCCUUACAAUGGGCUUGGCUUCAAACAUCAUCAUGCGGCGAUUGCAGUGCCAGCAGUAUGGCCUUAAGGUGUUGAAGAGCCAGAAAGAAAGGCAGACAAACCUGUUGUCACCACCUAAAAUGCAUGUAGUAAAAAACUAAACAGUGUAUAGCAUAGGAACCA